CACAACCAACCAUAUCAAAACAGAAUCGGAAACGCAUUGUCGGUUUGCUCCUCGCCGCCGAUAAUAACGACGCAGCUUCUGUCCUCCUCCUCUCUGUGACACCAUCGCCUGGCCCCUCCUCCCAUUCCCGAAAAAGCCCAAAAAGCAAGCACCAUUUUUUCACUGCUUCCAGUUCACUCGAGCUCGGUCGGUCUCCCCGACUCACCUUGAGUUCGAAAUCUCGAGUCAAACUCGGUGUCGAACCGACCGCGGUAAAGUGGUCGGCGGGGAUCCUCUCGUGCUGGUGUGCCGUCGUUCGUUUCUUUGCCUGCCCAGCUAUGCGGUGAAAUUAUCCGGUUGAGUGAAUUGGGUCUGGUUUGGUUAGGGCAAAGGCCCCUGGGGGCGAUGGAGCGGGCCAUGCUGACGGUCGGACCGGGCAUGGACAUGCCGAUCGUUCACGACAGCGACAGGUUCGAGUUCGUGCGGGACAUAGGUUCGGGGAACUUCGGUAUUGCUCGGCUUAUGAGAGAUAAGGUCACGCAGGAGCUCGUGGCUAUCAAAUAUAUUGAAAGAGGCGACAAGAUAGAUGAAAAUGUUAAGAGAGAGAUAAUAAACCACAGGUCUCUGAGGCAUCCAAACAUUGUUAGAUUCAAAGAGAUCAUUUUAACACCUACUCAUCUGGCAAUCGUGAUGGAAUAUGCAGCUGGUGGAGAGCUUUUUGAGCGGAUACGCAAAGCUGAGCGAUUCAGUGAAGAUGAGGCUCGCUUCUUUUUUCAACAGCUCACAUCUGGUGUUAGCUACUGUCAUGCUAUGCAAGUAUGCCAUCGUGAUCUAAAAUUGGAAAAUACUUUGUUGGAUGGAAGUCCAGCCCCUCGACUGAAGAUAUGUGACUUUGGGUACUCGAAGUCCUCAGUGCUGCAUUCAGAACCAAAAUCAACUGUGGGAACUCCAGCAUACAUUGCCCCAGAAGUCUUACAAAGGCGAGAGUAUGAUGGCAAGAUUGCAGAUGUGUGGUCGUGUGGGGUUACCUUAUAUGUGAUGCUAGUGGGUGCUUAUCCCUUUGAGGAUCCUGAAAAUCCUAAAGACUUUCGAAAGACAAUUCUGAGAGUUAUUAAUGUUCAGUAUUCCAUUCCAGAACAUGUUCAAAUAUCGGUCGAGUGUCGGCAUCUGAUCUCUAGAAUAUUUGUUGCAGACCCUGCAGAGAGGAUCACCAUCCCCGAGAUAAAGAGCCAUCCAUGGUUCCUGAAGAAUUUGCCUGCCGACCUUAUAGAUGAGAGGACAAUGGGCAAUCAUUUUGAAGAGCCUGAUCAACCAAUGCAGAGUGAUGAGACGAUCAUGCAGAUAAUUACUGAGGCCACCAUACCAGCGGUCCCACCCUGCGGCCUUAGCCAAUUUGUCACUGAUAGCCUGGACAUGGAUGAUGAUGACAUGGAUGACAUGGACUUUGAAUCUGAGGUAGACAUUGACAGCAGUGGUGAAAUAAUCUAUGCAUUAUGAUGAGAGAUUCCUAUAGGCAGUUCUGGAUAAUAGCGUAGUUUCUAAAACUAAGUGGUUGCAUCAACUAUUUAUAAUAAGCCAAGAGAAAUAUGUCUCCAUCUGUGUUAGAUUAGGAUGAAUACAGUGGAAAGAGUACAUUAUCUAAACUGCUUGUUUUGUGAUAUGGAGAUUUACAUUUGUGAGGC